CGGCGCGGGAACAGCACGGCCCGCCACGCCUUGGCGCUGUUUACCACUCUGCUGUGAUGGGCGAGCCGCUCCCCCGGCACGUAGGCUCGCUCCCCCGCGCUCCGCCCGGUGUUGGGUGACGCGCCCUCGACGGCCGGGCAUGCCCGCCACCGAGCCGCCGGCCAGCCUACCGCGUACGGCGGGUGAGUCAGUUCACCUGUCAGUCAGCGAGCCAGGUCACUGAUCAACAGUCGGGCGCCGGACGUGCCGAGGGCGAGUGCUGGGAGCUGCUGCUGCCGCUGCCGCUGCCGUCGUCGCGCCGCACCAGAUGAGCAUCGACGGAUCCGUGUAAAAAGCUAAUUGGAUCCAUUUAUACAAAAGUCCGUUGGGAAUUAGUAAACUGAACACUUCUGCUAUGCAGAGGUAGCAGUCUGGGGAAGCAGGCGCUGCUCCGUCCGGCGACAUCGAGCCAUUCGGCGACAUGCAUCUCUCAAGAAACAUUAUGGUGGCGCUGGCCUGCUGCGCCCUCUGCCUCGGUCAGAACGUCACAGAGCCGACUGAAACCACACAACCAGCCCAGAGCAGCUCGGCGCCCCCGGCGGGCGGCGCCGACCCCAGCUCUACUUCGGCCUCCAGUACCGAAGCUACGGGUACCGCCGACCCUAGCUCCGUCUCGGCCGCCAGCACCGGGGCUGAUGGCCCGACGCCGGGCGCGACAGCGGCAACGGCAGCGCAAAGCAGUGCUGUAACCUCAGAGAUGGCGGAGGGAAGUAGCGGGGAUGCGACAACUGGAGCUGGUGGAGAAGGGGUGACGACGUUGGAGAAGACGUCGGCCACGGUAUCGACCCCGACGCCCGCCGGAGCGGCGGUGACGUCUUCAUCGUCGGCAGCGGCUGGUGGAAGCUCGUCACCGGCUCCGGCGAGUUCGCAGCUGGCGGAAGUGACGACGACCUCUGCUCCACCUGCAGGCGCUGGUGGCUUUACGACAGCAGCGCCGCCUACACUCAAUGCCGUGACGACUUCAUCGCCAUCUGUCGUUACGACGUCAGCACCCCCUGCAGCGGCGACCACAGCGCCACCAGCGGCCACAGGUGCGGCGACCGGCGGGUCCCAGAGCGCCGCGACGUCUGCAGCGGACUCCACGACACCUGCGGCGACUCCUGCGCCGACAACCGCGUCUGCGGAAACCGCUGCUGCGUCCACAGGACUGCCAGACUCGUCUUCCACCUCUGCUGAAGAGGAGACCACUUCCGGGGGCUCUAGUGCCGCCCCUGGCACUCACACUUCCACGACUUUAUCAGCAUCCUCCGUCUCACCAAGCCCCUCGAAUGUUUCUGCCUCUAACACUACUGGCGACGCGCAGGAUGAACUCCCCAUGCAGUACUAUGGUUAUCCGAAGAGCAAGACUCUGCAGCAGCUCAGCGCUGAGCAGAUGGAAGGCGUGGUGACGCUGAUACUAGAUCCAGUCCGGAUGGAGUUCAUUGCAUGGCUGGCAGUCAAGGAGAACCUCUUUAGAACGGCCAUUCUCAACAUGACCAGGGGAAGGGGCUUCAACACCUCGGAGCUGGAGUGGGUCUACGUCUCGCCCUCGCCGACCAACAGGCCGCCGCACAUCGUGCUCAGCUUCGUCGUGCUCUGGCGGCGGGAGCGUCGGGCGCUGGCCGCGCCGACCGUUACAGCGGCGCCGGACGCCUCUAGCGCGACCGCUUCCGGGGGUAGCCUGACCGCGCCGCCGACGCCCGUGACCGUGACCUCCCGACGGAGGCGGCGGGACGUCGACACGGCCGCGGUCGAGACGGGAGCCGUGUCGGCGGCCGUGUUGCACCAACUCGUCACCAGCAACGCCGACGAACUGGAGGCGGUGGCAUCGUCUCGCCUGGUGUCGGCGAGGGUCGGCUUGGUGGUACCAUCUAUCGCAUGCCCGCAACACGAGAACGACGUCACCAUGACCAGCAACGGCGGCGUCAUGAUGGUGGUGACGAUCGCCGCUGCGGUCUGCGCCGCACUCGCCUGCGGCGCGCUCAUCUACGUGCGUCUGGGGCGCGGCUCCGGCCAUUGGGACCCCGAGCCGGCGUACCACGAAGGGGAGAGGGUCAGCGGCGUGAACCUGCACUCAGACGCCGACUGCAAGAAGGGUGAGGAGACGCUGGACGCCGGCGCUGGCGAGGUGUACCCGCUCUCCAGCGUCCAAGGCACCCCUCGAGCCUCGGCCAGGAAGGGCGACGCCAGACGAGCCUCGGCUAAGAAGGGCGACGCCAGAGUCUGAACGCACAGGACAAAUAGAGACAUCAGAGUCUGCGCGGACGAGACGGACGGAGACGACAAGGUCUGCGCGGAUGAGACGAACGGAGACAUCAGAGUCUGAACGCGCGGAACAAACGGAGACAUCAGAGUCCGCGCGGACGAGACAAACGUAGACAUCAGAGUCUGUCCGGAUGAGACGAACGAAGGCGGAAGAAUCUGCUGAAGGGAAGACGGAUGCACCGGCAGGGUCUAUGGGGAUAACACUUAGGAGCGCCGUAGGUCUAAGACGUGUUUGAGUCGUCGACUAAGUGCAGUUUCCACACCGUGUGUAUGCAUGAUUCGACUCGACCAACGGUGCCUGCCAUCUUUUGCGGCUGUGUCGGCGGCACUGUUCUCGCAGACGAUAGGCCAGUGUUUGUGGAGUCACCCAAAGACAACCCAAGGUCAGGGUCCUCGCGUGCCUUCCCGAACAGGACGCGGCCAUGUAGUGGCAUGCGGACGGACGGAGCCCCUCUGAGCCGAGAUUGCGCCUGCCAGAGUCGACUGGGUGACACCGCCUGUGCUGUGGAUGCGUCCCGCACGCCCUUUCCUGCUCGAGGGCGGCUUGUGGCAGUAUGGACACCCAAGUGACUGAUGAGUGUCGUCGCCAUCGUGCUCUUAUGGUGACGCGUAAAGGGUGGAGCGAGUGGUAGUCAUGUUAUGAAGGGAGCAUGAGACCUUCACGAAGCAUGUUGUGAAGGAGAUGAGAGAGGCGUGCGAGGUUAUCAUGAAAAGCCGCUAUUGCUACGGAAGCCUGUCUGGUGUGAUUCAGACGAUCCGACCAAGUCGCUUUAGGCCGUUGGCAGUUUGCUAACCCAGGCAUGCAGCAUGACAGGUCAUUGCUUCUCUAGAGCUACGUUUGCUCGUUUCACCAAACCUGUAUUAUGAAGGCGGUCGGUGAUGCAAGCAUGAGGAGUUUGAAAUAAAUAUUCCCACUCUCUGGCAAUAAGACGGGCACCU